AAUUUGUUACAAUGUUGUUUAUCAGGUCUUCGUGGAUAUCGCAAUCAAGUACCCUGCAGGAACCUCGGGCUGCCGUCCCACCAUGUUAAAGUGGGAGGGCUACGCCUACAAGUGCGGCAGUGAAGAACACGGGACAAAGCACUGCACGCCGUGGCUGCGCAACCAAGCCCACUUUAUCGCGCGCACCCACGGCCCGCUGCCAUCGGACUCCUGCUCCCGGAGGGACUUCUCUCCGAGGAUGCUGGCACGCUACUAUGAAACCUUGGACGCUGAAGGCGGAGACAUGGCUAAGUUUGUAAAGGAUUGCGAGGACUCGGAGGAGAAUAAGCGCAAAGAUUCUGAGGUCAACGGGCCCAACCGGCCCCACGGGCCUAUUGAGCCUAACGGGCCCAGUGGGUCAAACGGGCUCAGCGGGCCAAACGGGCCCAGCGGGCCCAGCGGGCCAAACGGGCCCAGCGGGCCCAGCGGGCCAAACGGGCCCAGCGGGCCAAACGGGCCCAGCUGGCCUCACUGGCCCACCUGGCCCAAAAUGCCCACUGGUCCCAGUGGGCCCAGCUUCCCUCCAAAAAGCGGAUUCACGUCGGAAGGGGGCGCUGCAGCCCGCCCCCCCGGAUACCAAGGUGUCGUUAUCCAGGUCACUGGUGACACGUGGUGCGUGGCCAGUGACGCCGGACGCGACAAGCUCCAGAGCGGUCUUGAUUGGGUUUGCGGACCAGGAGGGGUGGACUGCGGCCCCAUCCAGCCGGGCGCCUCCUGUUUCCACCCGGACACGCUGGAGGCGCAUGCGUCCUACGCCUUCAACAAAUACUUCCAGUCGCACGGCCGAGCCGAUGGCACUUGCCACUUUGGUGGGGCAGCCAUGGUCGUGACACACGCCCCACAUAUUUGUUCCGGCGGGCCGGAAACUCCUUUGCCGCCACAGGUCACUGGUGACACGUGGUGCGUGGCCAGUGACGCCGGACGCGACAAGCUCCAGAGCGGUCUUGAUUGGGUUUGCGGACCAGGAGGGGUGGACUGCGGCCCCAUCCAGCCAGGCGCCUCCUGUUUCCACCCGGACACGCUGGAGGCGCAUGCGUCUUACGCCUUCAACAAAUACUACCUGGACCACGGCCGAGCCGAAGGCACUUGCAGCUUUGAUGGUGCAGCCAAGGUCGUGACACACGCCCCACAUAUUUGUUCCGGCGGGCCGGAAACUCCUUUGCCGCCACAGGUCUCUGGUGACACGUGGUGCGUGGCCAGUGACGCCGGACGCGACAAGCUCCAGAGCGGUCUUGAUUGGGUUUGCGGACCAGGAGGGGUGGACUGCGGCCCCAUCCAGCCAGGCGCCUCCUGUUUCCACCCGGACACGCUGGAGGCGCAUGCGUCCUACGCCUUCAACAAAUACUUCCAGUCGCACGGCCGAGCCGAUGGCACUUGCAGCUUUAAUGGUGCAGCCAAGGUCGUGACACACGCCCCACAUAUUUGUGCCGGCGGGCCGGAAACUCCUUUGCCGCCACAGGUCUCUGGUGACACGUGGUGCGUGGCCAGUGACGCCGGACGCGACAAGCUCCAGAGCGGUCUUGAUUGGGUUUGCGGACCAGGAGGGGUGGACUGCGGCCCCAUCCAGCCAGGCGCCUCCUGUUUCCACCCGGACACGCUGGAGGCGCAUGCGUCCUACGCCUUCAACAAAUACUACCUGGACCACGGCCGAGCCGAAGGCACUUGCAGCUUUAAUGGUGCAGCCACGGUCGUGACACACGCCCCACUCAUCAUAAGACAGUGUCGACGCUGGUGCUGCAGAUCUGUUGACAGCCUCUGCAAGUGCGGUGAAAAUAGUGUGGAGGUGGCGCAAGAGGUGCCGUCCCAGAAGGAGGUGCCGUCCCAGGAGGAAGUGCUCCCGGAGGAUUGUGAGGCUCCAGAGGAAUCAGAGUCCCAGGAGGAGGGAAUACCGUCGUGGAUGUGUUUAAUUUCCCCACGCUUAUGUAUCCUUAACGGGCUGGCUCAGCCCAUAUAAGCACAGUUGCCCGAAAAUGCCACAUUAUCCUCUUUAAUACAAAUGUCUAAUUUUGGUGAUGUGUGCAUAACUCAUAGGCAGUCCCUGUUAUAAUAUCUACACAGUUGCUCGAAAUUAUAUAUCUUAAUAAACAAAUUUCGGUGAAGUCCGCAAAAAUACACUGCUAAUUCUUUGAAAAUCGGUGCACAACUGCUCGAAAUUAAUAAAUAAAUUUUGAUUAUUUUUAAAUA